CAACCAUGGCUGAAAUCUUCAGAAACGGUAGAGUACGAAGAAGCGAGUGUUUGAUAUCUUUCAUGAUAGUAGGAUCGGCUGAGUUAUGUCACAAGAUAUCGGAAGGCUUACAUCAAAAUGCAAGAGAGAGGAGAUGGCAUAUAUCUGUGCAUCAGUGUGAAUCCAUUGCUGAUGUUGUAAAAGCAAAUAUAGAUAUCUCUGUAGAUUUUAUUAUUUUUGCAUCCGACUUGAAAGUUGCCCAUGCCUUAUCGGAAAUAGAAGCUAAUAUAGCCAUAAUAGAUGAACAUUACAUAAUAUCUGGUGCAACUUGUUUAGUAAAUUGUAAUGGAAUCCGUAAUGUUAUGGGAUUGAUUCAUAAAUCAAAAGCACUUUGUCACAAAUACAAUAUUCGUUUUCUCUCUGCCAAUGUUUUCGAUAUGCAAGCCUGUAUCUAUUUAGGGAGCAGACUUUUAAAUAUAAUGGAAGGAAUAAUGGGAUUAAAUAGUGGUAUACCAAUUAUUGGUACAGUGGCGCAAUAUACUUAAGAUAUACUUGCAAAGCUAAGUAUUGUAUAGGAUGAUUUGUACCAGUGAUUUGC